GUUCCCGACUGUUCCCUAGCGCGAGGUUUUGCUGGUCUCUGUUGCGGCUAGCAGGGCACACGGGCUUUGACUUUUUCCCAAACCGAGCGCGUCAGUCGCGGUGCGACGUGUGUGUUUGUAUUUGUAGUGCGUUUCUGUACAACAUAUUUAUAUCGUUUCAAGCAACGGUCGGAAAUCAGCAACAAUUACCCCCCAAAAACAAUAGCCAUAGUGUGUAUGUGUGUUUGCUUUUUUUCCGCACGGGUUAGAAAUUGUUCGCGGUGCAGCUACAUCUCCAAGUAGGCGUCGCUGUCCGUUCUAGUGUGUUUGUGUGCGUCGUAACGAGAGAGAGUGUGAGAACGCGGGGAAGAGCUGCUACCUACACACAGUGUACCGUUCUAGUCAUAGUAUUUAUUUGAACGCUAAUAUACCACCACCACCAUCACCACCCAGUCGGUCGCUGUCUGCAAGGGUGUAAGUGACCCCUUUAUUGUGUGCCUGCUCCAAAAUCAGCCACAAAACCACGCGGUCGAGCAUCGCAUCAGUACUCAGCAUAAGGCAUUCAACUCGCCAGCCCUCUGGAAGCGUGCGGGAAGGGCAGCUAUAGUGGUGGCGGACAUCGGAUCCCGUUGUUUUUUUCUUCGCACUCCCCCCAUCCCGAAUACGUGCGUGUGUGUCUGUGAGCGGGUGUGCAUACAUCAGUAUUUUCUUCUGCCACUUCUCCCCCCCCCCCCCCACGGGUCGGGUCAUCGUCAUCAUUUAAUCGCACCACCCCGUCUCCGAUGCUUGCCGUCCCGAUCGGAGUUGUUUGUUUGUUCCAGCCCAUCCCAGCAUCGUGGUCGCCCAUAAGCGUGCUUCGAUCCUCUUCUUUUCUGCGAUAGGAGCGGCAAAGGAAAAAGAGGAAAAAUCGAACACAAAACCAAGAAGAGCAACAACGGCAGCAACAACAACAACAACAAGAACAACAACAGCAAGUGCCAAUCGGGGGAGUGACGCGCUUUUUACGCUGACUAAACGCACAGCUCUCUUCAAAACACGCCUUAUCUCUGUCACGCCCGCACCGUUCGUGCGUUCUAUCUCUCUCUCUCCCUCUCCCGAGCUACGCGCCUCCCGUGUGUAACCCUUGUCGUCCGCCCGUCCCCCACCCACCUUACCGGAGGGUUCGCUUUGUUCUCGGGGUGCGAGUACAGUGCGUAAAACUGCGUAAGCACCACUACGAACAGCAAACACCGCAGCAGCAGGAACAGCAGUGGUGCGCGGCGGUUUCAACGUAGCAAGCGCGUGUUUUUUUUUGACGGCUCUGGUGCUCGUGCAUUUGGCAAGCAGCAGCAGCAGCAGCAGCAGCUCGAACGCAUGGCAUCCUAACCACACAAACGCUCACGCGGGGUGUGUAUCGGAAGAAAAAACACACGCGGUAAGGCCUGCCAGUCCGGUUUGUUCACCCACUAAAGCGGUGCCGCGGAUCAACGUUCCAUGCUGUGCGGGAGAGGGAGAGACGGAGGGAGGCAACGAAGAGAACACUAGACAACGUGGUGUGAGGUGGUGGUGGCGGCGGCGCUGUGCACAAAACGUGGUGCUGAGCACGGCGAACGAACGAGAGCGAACAAGUAAGAGCGAACGAGAGAGAAGGCACACGAGGGAUUUGCUGUCAGUGCUGUGCAGUUGCAGUUUUAUCGAUCGAUCACGGCAGUCAGCGCGCGUGUGUGCGUGCAUGUCCAUUAUCAGCAUCACGGGCUGUGUAAAUAGCGGACCUCGCGACCUCUUUGCAACCUGAGCUGCAUUUUAAUCAGUGCAAUCGUGCCGGACUUACGUUGUGCCGAAAAGAUAGCACAGUCCGGUAGGUGGACACAGGUGCGAAGCGCGAAUCCCAAGCACCAAGGAAAAGCGAAAGAAGUGCACACGGACAGUGACUGAAUUUCCCUUACCCCCCCCCCCCCCCCCCGGCUGCACUUUUGAUUCGCGGAGAAACGGCGGCAGAACGAGACAAACGGCGAUCCAAUCAGCGAGGGCGAGCUUGCGACGAGAAAGUGAGCGAGAGAGAGAGAACGAGAGCGAGAGUGGCAAAGGGGUGAAAUUGGCGUUGUCCCUAGAGUCAUAAUAGUGGUCCCUGCAGUGAAGGAGAGGGAGGGGAUAUCAGCAACAGCAUCGCGGUGCUUGCAAUGCGAAAGAAAAGUGCAGCAGCGUGCGAACAGUAACACAGUGUGCGAGAGAAGCAGCGAGAGAAGCGAAACAGCAGCAGCAUGUCAUCCGAGUGUGCCGCGGCUAUGUACUACCAACCACUAGUCUAGUUAAUGUCACACGCAAAACACAGCAACCGGACAGUUGUAACGCACACACACAUACACACACACACACACACCCAAACACACACACAGCGCUAGCAGGAGCUUGCUUGUUGCACUUACUGCGAGAGGCGCACGCUCGCUGUAAAAACGGAACAGUGCAUCGCAGCAAAUCAUCCCGACCACUCUGUCUAUUCGGUUCCGCUGCUCCUUCAGCUGCAAUAGUUUGUCCUGAUUUUAUCGUGUGAACCCCGUCAAACAACACCCACCCCCCGACCAGCCGGCCAGCAACGGAAGUGGAAACCACGCGCUCGCAUUGCACCGGAAGUGAUUCGCUAAAAUCACCCGACUACUACUACUCCCCCUGACGCAAGGCGCCCGUGUGUGUGUGUGUGUGAGAGAGAGAUCUCAGCAGCCGCUGACACCAAAACGACACACACACUCGGCCCAGGUGGUGUUUUUCUCCGCGUACGAACCGCGUGGUGCAUCGUGCAAGGAAAAGGAUAUUGUUCACGCUGCCAACCCCAAGCGACCACGAGGAGGAUGGCACUGUGAAGGAAGAGUGCGCCGUGCGUAAAGUGUGCCAAAAGAACAGGGAAAACUGUUCGCUUUUCCAAACCAAACCAAACGUUCACGGGGCACCACCACCUUUCCUUGGAUGGGAUCCGGAUCCGGUCGGUGAGCGAGACAGCACCGAACAGCCCUCUGGGACGCAUUUCCUUUGUGUUCCAUCGGGGCACCACGAGGCAGCAGCAGCAGCAAAAAAGCACAUGGCCCGCUGCUGACACGGGAAAUGGCUACUUGUUAAUGUGCGUUUUUCCUCCCCAAACACGGUGCGCUGUGGCGUGUAUGUGUGUGUGUUUGUGCGUAUUCCCUUGUUCAUGUGCGAGCGAGUGUGAAAUCGGCCGCCAGCGAGCAGCGUAGCAUCACAGUACACGGCAACGAACAAGCAGCAAAGGAAGGUGUACAUGCAAAAACGCGUCCACCUUCAUUUGGGAACUUUUAUUGGUUUUACCUCUCGCCUCAUCUUCGGCAAAGCAACCAACUUGCAAUCCCAACGCGGGCCCCGUGGAGAGUGUAUAUGUGUGCGAGUGGUAGUGUGUGCAGUUACGAUUCCAUAGCCCACUCUGACCGUGUUUUACGUUAUGUUGCGCUUCUUACUGCUGCACCGUACCAGCAGCAGCCUCCUUCGCCGUUGACGACGUGCUGCAGCUCACGUCGUUUCCAUACAGCAGCAGCCUGUUUCCUGGCCGGAGAACACGGCGAACAAAAAUAGCUCUCCUCCCAUCCCCCCGCUGCUCGAAGUGACCUUGACGCGCCUUCUUUUUGGCCUUCCUUUUAUGCACUCACAGUCUCUCACACAUGCACACACCUUGGUGGAGACUCGGCCAACUUCCAGCCUGCCCGUCACCGAACGCGCUCCGGUACAAGUAUUAUAAACGGCAAUAGUAGCAGUCUCCCACCACCACCAACCACCCACCAACCAGUUCGAUUGAAUCAUUCCCUUUCGCUUACGAAAACUGCACCAACCCACCGUCUCCUUCCGCUGCUGUCGCGCCGCGCCUCUGACCGUGCAGCGAACAAUGGUGGGCCAGUGCACCCGUGAUUAUACGCUUCAUCGAUAGCACACCGCAUCGGCACUGAAACACACACACUCACACACACCCCGCCCCGGUUUUGCUGCAUGCCGCUCGCGUGAAGCGAAACGCGAUUUUUCGCCCAGUAUUUGUUGCAUCUCCCAGCGCGCUCGCCCCGCAGCAGCAGCAGCUUCACGAUGGCAGCGCUGUGAUUGCGAUCAGCCGUGGACGGAUCCGCGCGUGUUUGUGUGUGUUUGUGCGCGUGUACUGGUGCGUGUACAGCCGCCCCGACCGAACGGCUCCUUCGGUGCAUCGUCGUGCAACAACGCGCGUUGGCCACACGCAAACACUAAACACUAUUGCGCGGGCCCGCACACAACACCAUCAAACACACUGCAUUCGGAGCUGUUGUUGUUGUUGCGUUCCCUGUUCGACUACGGCACACGAAGCAUGGCGACGGUGGUGGUGAAGCUGUGAACGGGCGAUGUAAUCGAUUCAACAGAGGACAGACAUCACAUCAUUCGCAUCAUUCGCGCGCGCCAGAGCGUAUGAAAAGGAAGCACUAGCGAGACGAAACCGAGCGAGAGCGAAAGGGCAAUACAAAAACAAAAACAAACCCAACAACGCGCAACCCAAACCUUGCUGUCGCUGCGCCCAAACCAUACCGCGCCCGCCAAACCCCCGCGAAGACGAUAGAAGACGAUUGGCUGCAUGCAUUGGUGUGUAUGCAAGUGAGGAAGCAAGAGCGAGAAAGAGAGAGAGCGAGCGAGCAAGCGAGUGAGUGAGCGCUGCAAGUGAGUGAGCGAACCGCAGUCCAUCGCGUGCGCAAGCAGGACGGAACAAGCAGUUGCAGUUUCAACUUUACAGAAAACGCUCAGCUGAGCGAGCGGGCGCAGGCAAAAAAAAAGGAAAAGAAAAAAACACCAGCACAGCUGAGUGCAGGAAGGUAUUUAUCUUGAGCAGCAUUACGCAUACAAACACGCGCGCGAAUAUCGGGUCCUGGGGGGCUUGCGAUCGUCGUCAGUGGGUAAUAUUACGGCAUCGAGCACGCAAGUGCGCUGCAUCCUCGGCGGAGUUUCAAGCUUAGUGUGACAACCUGUAGUGCCCUCGAGGUGCUUCGAGGGAACGUGCGCGCGUGAACCAAUUGGCAUUCCAUUACCCGAAAAACAAUACUCCUUCGCAUCGAUGCAACAAGAUCAUUUUCGCUCGUAAAAAACAACAACAAAUAAUAAUAACGUGUGAUACCGAAGAAUACAAAAACGUGGAAAAAACGGUGCACGAGAGAGGACACGACACACGUACUUCGUUCGUCUGGCCGUGCAGCGGUGGGGAGCAAGUUUUCUGCGCCUCCUACACAUUCACGUUGUGCUCCACAUUUCGACACACACACACACACACGGGUCGAUAUACACUGCGUGUUGUGAAGUGAACGCGUGAAACGCAUCGAAGUAGCAGUAGCAGCAGCAGCAGCAGCAGUAACUGCAACACAAAGCAAACGGACAGCGUGCAAGAAGAUAGGCGAAAUAGAACGCCUGUCACAACCGUUGCCAACGUUGCCGCCACCACCAUCACUACACCCCCUGACAAAAAAAAAACGCACCUCAAACCACACGACGGACACGGGUGCAUAAGACGGGUUUGAUUACGUGCGUGCGUGCGUGCGUGUGUGUGUUUGUCUGUGCAUUUGAACGCUCUUCUUGUGAUAUUUACAACAUUCGCACAAUUCCUUGGCCCCGUACACACACAAACACCCGUGCGAGCAGAGCCACGCACACGACGGUAUCAGCGGUGUGUGGAGGGGGAGAGAAGACAAGAACAACCACGCAGGGGGUUGUGUUCUGUAAAGUACAAAGCGUAAAGCCAUCUUAAACAAAAAAAAAAAGCUAAUGACAAAUUACAAACAAACACCCACUAAAGAGGCUCGUGAAUAAGUAGUAACGUGUGAGACAAAGAGAGAGAGAGAAGGAGGGAAAGAAACGGACAAGGAACAAAAACCCUGCAAGGCCAUUGCAACGCCAACGGUCGGUCCUUUACUGCAUUGGGUUGCCUAGUCACGCGACGGUUUCGCUAUUCCGUGGUGACUUCAAUUCCGGGUUGAGAGGAUCGUGAGUGGCCACAGUGCAUACGCGUGCAGAUACAACAACGGGCGGAUGGAUUGCGUGCAGCAGACGACGACUGGUGGUGGUAGCGGAGAGCAGGAGGGAGCGCAGCAGCAGACGACAGUGGAUGCGGAAGAUGCUGGAACGCCCAAGGAGCUCCAAUCGGGAGGGUGUAAUGCCACGUCGAUCGCCGCCGCCGAUGUGUCUCAGCGGGAAAAGCUAACGGUCUGGGAUCGGUACGUCGUGCACGGCAUGAUUGACAAGGGCACGUUCAGCACGGUCUCGCUGGCGACGCUGCGCAGCGAGCAGCAUCUGCCGGUCGGCGCCCGGCGCCAGUUCGCGAUCAAGCUGAUCACGCCGACGAGCCACCCGACCCGAAUCGCGCGCGAGAUCCUGUGCAUGAGGAAGAUCGGUGGCCAGCGGAACGUGGUCGGGCUGGUCGACGGCUUCCGGCAUCAGGGUUCGGUCGGGCUCGUGAUGAACUACAUUCCGCAGGAACCGUUCCACCAGUACUACGCGCAGCUGACCCCGGCCGAGGUGCAGCGCUACCUGCAGCAGCUGCUGAUCGCGCUCGAGCGCGUCCACCUGCACGGUGUGAUCCAUCGGGACGUGAAGCCGAGCAAUUUUCUGCACAGCCCGCGCCACGGCGGCACCUACGUGCUGGUGGACUUUGGGCUCGCGCAGGAAACGGAUCAGGGCGUGCUGUCGCUGCGCGCGCCCGAUCCCUGCCCCGAGACUGCUGUUGCUGCCAAAUGCGAGCAGGAGGAGCCGAAGCAGGCCGGCCCGGUCGUCCCGGUGCGGAAAGCGCUCAAGCGCCCGCUCAAACUCUCGAAUAGUACUACGAACGAUCUCGCCGGCGUACCAUCGCGGCCCAACAGCUCCGGUGGUCGCACCACCGCCGCCAGCCGCCCACCGCCGCCGUCCGCGUGCAGCUGUUACGGCCGGGCGCAGGUGUGCAACCGGUGUCUGGUGCGGCCGGAGAUGAAUGCGCCGCGGGCCGGUACGCCCGGCUACCGGCCGCCGGAGGUGCUGCUGAAGUAUCCGCACCAAACGACCGCCGUCGACAUCUGGGCGGCGGGCGUCAUCUUUCUCGGGCUGCUGAGCAAGUGCUACCCGUUCUUCGGCAACGACGACGAUCUGUCCUCGCUCGCGCACAUGAUCGAGGUGUUCGGGUACGAGCGGAUGCGGGAAACGGCCCGCGCCCUCGACCGCACGCUGCUCUGCGAUGCGGAAACGUUGGCCAAACGGCCGUACAGCUUGCGUCGCCUGUGUCAGCACUUCCGCGCGAUCCACUAUGGGCGCGAGCUGGGCUCCGGUGCGGGCGGCGGCGAUGCGGGUGGAGUAGCCGUAGCUGGCGGCUCUAGUCCGCCAUCCGGGCGGGACGAGGAGCAGCGGUACGGUUGCGAUAACUGUUGCAAACCGCCCGACACCUGCCUGUGCCAGAGGCGCCAUGCCGUUGGUGCCAGUGCUGGCGACAACGAGGCGGAACCGGUCGGCGACACGGAUUGCGAUGAGUACGGGCCCGAUGCGUACGAGCUGCUCGAACGGCUGCUCGAAACGAACCCGCACCGCCGCAUUAGCGCGACCGAGGCGCUGCAGCAUCCCUACUUUCAGGUGCAGUACUGAAAACGCACAAUCAUCACACACUGCCGGGCGUCACCGCUGCCACACCGUACGUUACACCACCCGGGGUUACAAAAGCAACAGGUGACAAGCUGGUGAUUGUGCACGCACGCAGUCGCCGGAAGUGCGAGAUUGUGCAAAUGUGUAACGCAAGACUAACGAGCUCCUAGCGCCCAAGCAAGACCAGGUAGUAGGGUCAAUUAUGAAGCCAGUAUAUAGAUAGGAAAUGAAGACAGGAAAAAGAAGAAAAAAAGAGAUUUUUCGCGAGCGCGCGCGCUUGAUCGAGUGGAGUGGAGAUGGAUGGAUGGACAGAAAAGGAGAGAGAAUGUGAGAGAGAUUAUCAUUGCAUAGUACAUUAUACUUCUUUAAGUUACCACCGAAUAGAUAACGACACAUGCUCUUGAUGCCCCUGGUCGCGUUCUCACCCGCGUGUUGCAUUGUAAGAUCGUGUAAGAGCGCGCAUACCGCCACCGCCAAUUGCCGUGCACGCUACACUACUUAGCAAAUGUUACGUUCAACAAGCUAUACCAAGAAUGUGCCCCAUAGAGCGAGAGAUUGAGAGAAAAUCCCGUGUACAACUACGAACUUGUCAACGAUUGCCAGUAUACAACCAACACCCGUCCGCGCACGUGCAAUAGAGAGAGAGAGAGAGAGAGAGAGAGAGAGAGAGAGAGAGAGAGAGAAAGAGAGGGAAGGAAAGUGCAAGCUAGGAAGGGAAGCUAACAUUCCUUUUCGUCCUAAAAUCAUCCCGCUCCUAUAGCGGGGACGACGAUACACUGUUUACCAAAAGCGAGAAAAGACUACCGGCUAGCUAAAAGAAUCAAACCGAACGGUCGUUACAAUAUCGAAACAAGCGAACAAACAAACAAACAAACAAACAACCAAACAAUCCAUCAAGAUCAUACAAAACCCUCCAGAGUAGCAAAUUGGCGGCACCCAACCAGUUAAGGUAGUAAGCAAAUGUGGACAGACCAGCUGAACUGGCUGAGCUCAAAUCAGCCACAUUUCCUUACACUUUUAAGCAGUGGAAGCAAUACGAAGACCUCCACACACACACACACAAGGACCACACACUAACAAACGCACGGUAUGGUAGGGCUGUUGAUCGUGUCAACCACACCGCCCCUUUCGUGCCAUAUCGAUAGGGAUGCGCGUUCCUUCGCCCGGUGUCGAUGGUUUUGGCGUUUGUUUGUGAGCUCUCUCGCCGGAACCGGGACGGAUAGGAAUUUCUAUUUGUUGAUGUGUGAAUAAGCGUGUAUGUGUAUGUGUGUGUGUGUGUGUGCUGCACUGAAAUUACCGUGACAAAGAACGACUAGCACACAAUAGCAGCAGCAGCAGGCACAGGCACAUUGUUGAAUUUGUUUUUUUUUUUUUUUCAUUAUUAAUUUAUAUUAACGUAUCUUUUUUUUGUCAUUGGUUCUAUUAUAAGGCAAGUUUGUUUAGGAAACAAUAUGAUCUAGUUUUGCGCAAACGAGUGCGGUCAAGCGCGCGCGCCCGCGCACACUCACGCCACCCUUCCACGUGAAGCUUAUUAUUUAUUUCUUCUUUUAAAUCUAUUUUUCGAAAACAAAGGGAGCAGAGGCACGCUAUUAAUUGUGCUUACGACGGUUCUCUCACGCUCAGCGCGUUUUUGUGCUUGUUGUGUGGCACAGCAGUACAGUGUGGUAUCAAUUCGGGGAGUGUAUAUAGUGUGUAUGUAUGAACCGCGCGUAAAGUCGUCGCCACACCCCACCGUCACCCGCGUCGGACCGCUUGCCGGUAGAGAGAUUUUGUGCUGAAGCCGUAAUUUUUAAUCUAUUUAUUAAAUUAUUUUUCACCAUACAAACGUAGGCAGUCUGUUUGAACAGAAAGCAUUUGUGUGUGUGUGUGUGUGUGUGUGUGUGUGUGGGUGUAAAAGUCGGUGUAUGAAUGUUUAGAGGAGGGCAUGUUUAAGGAAUGAUAGAGAGGGAGAGAGCGAGUGAGCAUUAGGGGAUAAACGUUUGCGUUUGGUUCCGUAUGUUCCGAGUUUUAAUCCGUUGCUUUUUAGCGUUUGUUGUUCGCGACCUGAUCAUCAUUUGUGUCAUCAUCAUGAUACGUUCAAUGAUGCGUGUUUAAGUAAACCAAAUCGGUGUGGCAUGUUGUAGAUGCAACUCCCAACACAACCCAACAGGUGGAGAGCUAGUGCAGAAACACUCAACAGCAUUAUUAGGAGUUGUAACAUAAAGGGAAGAGAGAAAGAGAGAGAGUGAAAGAGAACAUUGAGAGGACAACAGGGAAAAUGAUCGGAGUCGCCGCUUGGUAUAUGGCAUGGCCAGUAGCAGCAGAACAGGGAAGGAAGCCAGGCAGGCAGCGCGCUUGCAAACACCAAAAUGCGCCACCAUCGUGUACGCGCACGAGAACUGCAAUAACAACAACAACAACAACAACAACAACAGCAACAACAAAAAUAUA